AUGGAGAGAUAUGAUUUUCAAUUUGCCGUUGAAGAUGCUCGUGCUGACAAUGAGAAGUUGCUGGACCAAAUAAAUCAGUUAAAUAACGAGCAUUCGUAUUCGCUUGACCAUAUUGAAAAUUUAACAAAUGAGAAUGUCUAUUUAACUCAACAGUGUGAGACAUUGGGUUCCCAAAUUUCUCAUCUAUCUAAAUUAUUAAAUAGUGCUGAUUUAAGACAUCAAACUUUGUCAUAUGAGAAUCAGGGUCUAUUCAUGGAGAAGCGGUCUUUCUUAAAGAAAGAAGCGAUGUUUUCGCAUCAAUAUCUUGUUCUCCAGAAAAUUUGUGAUAACCAAGAGAAAUCUCUUCGCAUGUUAAGGAAUCAUCUUGAUGAAUCAACAAAGGCAUUAACCGCUCAAAAUGAAAAUAUUAUUCAAAGUAAGAUAAAUUUGACUGUGAAGAUGAACCAACUUCAAGAACAACAUGCCCAAUUAAAAGAGUCUCAUGAUUCCCUUAUGAAAAAGAAGGCUUCUCUCUCUUUGGAUGAGAAGAAAAUUCAGUCUCACCUUAAAGGUUUGGCACGCAAUGAUUUUGAUAGGGCUAUGGGAAAUAUGAAGAGUAGUGGUUUUGCGUUAGCCCAAUAUCUCGUUUCGCAGAGGGAAGAAUCUGAGAAGCCGCAUCAAUCUACCAUUUCUCAAUUGAGAUCCGAUCUGGCUAAGGUUCGUAAAGAGCGUGCGAAAUUCUCCACUGCACUUACUUCUUCUCGUGAUCGAUCAGAGAGGAGAUGUUCGUUCCUUAAAAACUUCAUGCAGGUUAGCACAAGAAAUGCUGAGAAGGUUGUCGCUCGUGAUGCUCAUAUUAAGGCUCAAACUCUUGUGAACGAAAUCCUCCUUGAGAGAUCACUUCCUUUGGUGACUGUUCCACCUAUUGAUAUAAGCGAUGACGAGCAACUUCCUGAACCUGACAGUGAUUAUGAGUAUGUGAGCUAUGAGGAGGAAGAUCUUGAAGUUUCCUUUCAAGAAAAUCAACUUGAAAAGGAUGGAUCUGAUGACGGUUUAACCAAAGAUCCUAAUAGCGAGAUCAAUGGUGAAGCUUAUGUGAUUGAUCAAGAUGUUCCUUCCAAUGAUGCUUAA